AUGCAGUUCACUCUUUCCUCUGCCAUCGCCCUCGUUCUCGCCGGCGCCGUUACCGCGAUGCCCAUCGUCGAGACCAACAACAGCACCUCCCUCCUCGACGAGCGCGCUGCCAACCUCAUCACCGGCGGCCCCUACGAGGCCACGAUGACCUACUACGCCCCGAACGGCGGGUACGGCGCGUGCGGGACGCCGAUCGCGAACACGGACUUUGCGAUCGCGAUGAAGCAGUCUCUGUUUGAGAGCUACAACACCGAGCACCCCGGCAAUCAGAACCUCAACCCGCUUUGCGGCACGCCCGUCCGCAUCACCUCACUCGAAACCCCCAACGCGCAGGGCGUCGUCGCCUACAUCCGCGACUCCUGCCCGGGCUGCCAGGGCGACAAGGGCAUCGACGCGACGCCCGCGCUCUGCACGGCGGUGACCGGACAGGCGGACUGCAUGCUCCAGGGCACGUUCCGCGUGAAGUGGAAGUUUGGGCCCAACCCGGCGCCGGAUUAUUAG